UCGGAUUCCCUUUUCUCCCUCGAGAAAACCCCCCUUUUCUCUCUCCCCAAACACCCUAACGCGCUCCUCCCUCUGCCGGGAAAUUGCCUCCGGGCCUCCUCGAUUUUUCGGAGGUUCCUUCGAGAUGGUUUCUCCAGAAGCCACCAAUUGGCUGUACGAGUACGGGCUCAUCGAGGACAUCCCUGUCCCUGAUUCGAAUUUCGCUAAUACGAAUUCAGGGUUCGCCUGGACUCCUGUGCAGGCCUUGAACUCUUCUGCUAAUGUCAGUGGGGAAAUUGAUGGUUCAUUUGGGGACUCUGACGGCAUUAAGGAAACUGGAUCAAAGAAGAGGGUGAGAUCUGAAUCAUGUGGUGCAUCUAGCUCGAAGGCAUGUAGGGAGAAGUUGCGGAGGGACAGGCUAAAUGACAAGUUUAUGGAAUUGGGUUCUAUCCUGGAGCCUGGAAGGCCUCCAAAAACAGACAAGUCUUCUAUUUUGAUUGAUGCAGUUCGAAUGGUAACUCAGUUACGAGGUGAGUCGCAGAAGUUGAAGGACUCAAAUUCUAGUCUCCAGGAGAAGAUUAAAGAAUUGAAGGCUGAGAAGAAUGAGCUUCGUGAUGAGAAGCAAAGGCUAAAGGCCGAGAAAGAGAAACUGGAGCAGCAACUGAAAGCAAUGAAUGCUCAACCUAGUUUCCUGCCUCCCGUUCCUUCAAUCCCUGCUGCAUUUGCAGCUCAAGGCCAAGCUGGCGGCAACAAGUUGGUUCCAUUCAUCGGCUACCCAGGAGUUGCUAUGUGGCAAUUCAUGCCACCUGCUGCAGUUGAUACCUCACAAGAUCAUGUGCUCCGUCCACCAGUUGCUUAAAUCAGCAACUCAACCUCUAAUGAUUUGGGUUUGCAUUUUGCCCCAAAGAAGUUUACUUUCAUUUUGUCGUUUCUGGACUGUAUUAGACUAUUAGUGUUCCUGGUUCUAACUGGAUUUCGUGGGUGAUGGAAGAUGUUUGCAAUUUAAGAACUUACCUGAAUUAGUGAUGGUAUUUGCAUGUAAAUCUCAAUAAGUUUAAUCUGGCAACUUACAUUUCAUUCUUUUC